CUAAAGCCGUUCAACGAUUGAGUCGGAUUGCUCUCCAUUUCUAUAUUGUUGUCAGCCCUACUCUGUGGUCCUCCCCGAUAUACCCUUAUUGUUACACCUUUCUUCCCACAUUGAAGAUUGAGAUCCGAAGAAUGGAUUCCGACACGUGACGUAUCAUACGACCGGCAGUAAUCUGAGCAGUCCAAAGACAAUUAAUUAGCAUGCCGGCAGCUCACACCCGGCCUGCCUCACAGGGCGACCUGCAUGAGUCGACCUCCCCGCCGCCAUCCUACAAACGACGUCGGAUUGCGCUGGCGUGCACCUCCUGCAGGAACCGGAAAUCUCGCUGCAACGGGUCUAAGCCCUCCUGCAGUCUAUGUGUGGAGCUCGGUUUCGAGUGCGUCUACCAACAACCAGCUGCAGGUAACACGAGACCCUCCCAAGGGUCAUCAGGGUAUGAUGAGCGUCUUUCCGCGAUCGAAGAUACUUUGCGACGGCUAGUCCAGCAGAAAGAACCGUCACCCGAAGAGUCCGAACCAUCCAGCCACGGCAUUGGGCUCGGAGUGCCACAACGUGCCGGCACCCAAGGCCUUCCACAUGCUCCGAGCGACGGGGAAGAUGUUGCAAUACUUGACGAUGAUGCCUCUGGGGACCGACAAGAUGCGGGAGACGACUCGGUGGAUGGUAUGGCCGCUAUAACCGACCCGGAAGAGAAAGGGUCAAGAUUCUACGGUCCAUCCUCAAACAUAGCGCUUCUGCGCGAGAUAUCGGACGCUACUUCGGCCUCACUGAAAGCCAUAGGACAGUCCAGACAUGCAGAGAAUGGUUUAAGUCAGACGAUCGUGUCGAGGGCGGUCUCUCCGGUCACGACUCUACCCCAAGAAACUAGCCCUUCUGCACGACAGGGUAUCAACAUUCGGUCUCUCCCUCCCGAGAAAAGAGCUCUUCACUUGAUAAAACUAUUCUUCUUGGAUACUGGAAUGCUGUUUCCAUACGUCCAUGAGACAGCCGUUCUCGGGACGUUCGCAGCUGUCAGGCGAAAUCGAUUCACGGCAGUCAGCAGGUCCUGGCUUUGCCUCCUUAACGUCAUAUUUGCGUUUGCGACGUAUCUCAGUGCCAGGCCGGAUCAGACGGCAGAACAAAAUGCUGCCGGGUCGGAAAUCUUCAUCGAGAGGGCACAGGCUUUGGCGUCCGAGAUUGACUCGAAAUCCGCUAGCCUUGAGACGGUUCAAUGUCUGCUCUUGAUGGCCCAGUACCGGCAGGGCACUCAAAGGUCUGAUCAAGCUUGGAAUCUGCACGGCCUUGCAGUCCGAGCAGCUCUCCAGCUAGGUUUGCAUUCGCAAGCAGCGUCUGCAGAUUGUUCGUUACUCGAGGCCGAGGUCCGUAAGCGGGUGUGGUUCGCUUGCUUCGUCCUGGAUAGAACUUUGUGCAUGACCUUUGGUCGACCCUCAACCAUUCCGAAUGAAUACGUGAAACUGGAUCUGCCAAUCAACCAGAAACUCGAGAAGCUUGUCAUGACGACGACGGGGUCCAUGUCAGCCCCCAAUGAGUGCCUUGAUCCCCCUGAUACAGUCUGUCUUUAUAUUGCUACAAUACAACUCUACUACAUUCUGGGUGAUAUCAUCACGCAGCUCUACGGUUCCAAUGUUGACUCCGAUCCAAACCUUUCCAUCCCUACUUUGCUCGAAAGAACGCUCAGUCUUGAGCAAAGAUUAUCAGCUUGGAGGAGAAACCUGUUUCCUCAGCUUCAGAGGCGCCCCUGGGACACUCUUGAUCCAGAUUCGGUCUGGGCAUCCGCCUGGGAUCCGGUCUUUGACAGACUGAGUGUGAUCAUCACCCUGAGGUAUCUCAACACCCGAAUAUUACUUCACAGGCCUAUGCUUAGUGCGUUCCUGCGAAAGAGAGCGUGCUAUAGAUCCCUUGGAGUGCAAUCGGAUGAAGAAGACCCCUAUUUCCAGGACCUUGCAGAAAAAAGCCUGAAAAUCUGCGCACAGUCAGCCAUGGAAAUUGUACAGAUUGUACACAAGACGAGUGCGCCGCCUACCCUGCUGGGGGCUUGGUGGUUUUCCACAUACUACACAUUCAAUGCCGCACUCGUCAUAUUCGCCUGCACCUUAAUCGAGAUGACCACUGUCAACAAAUGGAGCCAAGGUGGAGCUACCAUCACGUCAGCACCCUCAAUCGAUUGCGACAAGGUCAUCGAGAUGAUUGCUCGGCUUCGAAGUGCUGCAGACACGUUGCAGCGGUUCGGAGAAGGCACGAGGUCUUCGAAAAGGAUCAGGAGGACCUUGGUGAAACUGGUGCAGAUCUGCUUGACGCUAGCACAGUUCAGCCCUGAGUAUGGACCCACGAUCUUGUCGACUCUAUCCUCUCACCAGCAGCCGCUGGAUGCUUCUCAACUGCGAAUGCAGCAUGAAUCCGGGAUGCCAAUGCAGGAUGCGGCUGGGCUGGAUGGACCUGUUGUUCCCAUUGAUGCAAUGGGCACCACAGCGAUGCCUGCGGACGACCCUUUCACCGUGUUCGACAUGAAUAUGCCUCACUACUGGACGGAUACGAAUUUGGACCUCUUUUCAGACCUUGUCGGUGUGGAUACUGGCAUAGCAGCUAUGUUAUCUGGCUGACUCAGACGAACUGUCGUGUGGGAUUUAGUCCAGACGUAAAAAAUGAUAUUGACAGAGGUCUAAUUACCCGCACAGCUGGCCAGAUUCUCCUUUGCGUGUCCAGGGACAUUCUCAGGCCUGAUACUCCACCAUGCUUGCAGUACCACGAGCAUUUCGUCGGCACCAAAGGGGUAUGUAGUCCCGCAUUGCACCGAGGGUACCUCAAUAAUCUUGACAGCUCGGGACAGAUCUUUGAC